AUGGCUCCGAAACAGAAGAUCAUUCUCGACACUGAUCCUGGUGUCGAUGAUAUUCUAGCUUUGCUUCUCGCCCUCAGUGCCAAACCUGAGGAGCUCGAGGUUCUUCUGGUAUCUGUCACAUACGGCAACGUUCCUCUGCAGAGCUGCCUUCGAAAUGUGGUAUCUGCCUUCCAUGUCAUCGAAAAGGAGCUCGAAUGGAGGAAGUCUACAGGCAAGCCCGAAGGCUUUGGUGCCAUGAAGGCGAACAAGCCCAUCGUGGCUGUUGGCCCUGAUCAUCCUCUUUGUGACGAGGAGUUAAUGGCUGACUACUUCCAUGGAAUUGAUGGCUUGCAUAACGUUCAUGAGGCCCAUCCUGAUUUGUCUCCAGCUGAUACCUGGAAAGGCAUCUUCGGCGAUGGUGCCGAGGGAGGUGAACACUCCCCUCUAUUCACACCUUCCAAGGCUCCUUCUCACCAGGAGAUUCUUCGAAUUCUAAAGGAGAACCCCGCCGAUACUGUCUCCAUUCUAGCAGUUGGUCCUCUCACAAAUGUUGCCCUGGCAGCCGCAGAAGACCCCGAGACUUUCCUCCGUGCGAAGGAGCUCGUCGUUAUGGGCGGAGCUGUCAAUGUCGAGGGAAACUGCACUCCUGUUGCAGAGUUUAACUGCUACGCUGAUGCUGUAGCUGCUGCGCGAGUUUAUGCCUUGACUUCUCUCAAGCCAAGCUCCACGAUGCCUAUUAUUCCCAAGGAGCUCUCAACACUAAAGGCAUACCCCGAAAAACUUUCCCGCCAACUUAAGCUCACCCUUUGCCCUCUUGACAUUACAACACCUCACCUUAUUGGCAAGAAUUACUUCAAGGAAAACAUCCAGGCUCAUAUUGAUGCCGGUAGUCCUCUUGCCAGGUGGGUAUCACACUUCGUCACAGCCUCGUUCAAGAAGAUCGAGGAGAUGGAGGGAGACGAAAACGAGCCCGGCCUGUCUCUACAUGAUCCUCUAACAGUCUGGUAUAUGCUGACCCGGGACGAUCCUAAGUGGAAGACUCCUGAGAGGCUUGAGGAUAUUCGUGUGGAGACCAGCGGUCAAUGGACACACGGAAUGCACGUAGUUGAUCGUAGGUUCAGGAAGAAGCCCGCUGAGGCUGCAGUUACUCUCUCGACCAACCCUACUGAGGACCCUAAAAUCCUGACCCUGGACGAGGUGCCUGGCGACGACCACGCCUGGUUGAGUGUGCUCAAGGGUAAUCGCCUCAACCGAGUUAUUGAUUCUCCUGGUCACGACAUCUUCAAGGAAGUGCUCAUGCAGCGAAUCUUCGGAUAG